GAUAAGCAGAAUAAGGCUGUAGAUUCAGUGAUCACUAAGCAACAGCUUAGUAAAGGGCCCCGCACAUAGUAGGUUCUCAAGAAAGAUGUUUGCCUGUGAUGAAUAUGGAGCAGAGAGCCAGCGCAGUGCGCUGACUUGCCCAAGGUCACGCAGCUGGGGCCAGAUCCGACCCCUGGAGGCCUGACUCCAGCGGCUGGGUUUGUCUGGAGCCAGCUUGGGGGAGCGGUGCUUGGAGGAGCGGACGCGGACGUGGGCGGGAAGGGACUUCUAUUUUGGAGCUGGUAAGAGGAGCGCGGGACGCGGAGGGGGCUGGGUCCCUCCCCGGGCUCCCUGCGCCCCAGUCACCUUCCCGCGACCCUUCCCGGGAGGGGCGUCCCGGGUGGGUAGAGGGGGAGGUAGGAGGGGCGGGCAGACGGUUACCUCAUCUCCGCCUCCGGGAGGCUCCGCGCGCCCGCUCGCUCGCGCCGCUGGCUGGGGAGGCGAUUCAGGGCGCCGGAGCGACAGAAGGACGGAGGGACGGAGGCUCCGAGAGGCAGCGCUGUCCUCGCGCCCCGCUCCGCUGCAGGACCCGCUGCAGGACCCGCCAGGAGGUCGGACCUCGGUGCUCCGACUGCGGGCGGAGCCCCCAGUCUCUCUGCGGAUCGGAGGCGGCGGUGUCUGCGCGGCGCACGGCGGGGUCUGUUCUCUCCCGAGCUCCGGCACCUGCCGGAGCUGCUCGUGCGUCCUCCGUCGGCCUGCUCGACUAUCUGCCCUCCCGCCGCCUGCUCCGUCCUCUGGCCUGGACUCUCCGGGUCCCGGGUGUUCCGGGGGGCGAUGAGGAGCGUGGGGUCGGGGCGCACGGGGCUGGGCACGCGGAGCGCACGGCGCGGCGCUGGCCCAUGAGGCUUUCCAGCGCAGGGCGCGGCAGCGCGCGCGGGCCAUGGGGGGCAGCCUGCGGGUGGCCGUGCUGGGCGCCCCUGGGGUGGGCAAGACGGCCAUCAUCCGCCAGUUCCUGUUCGGUGACUACCCGGAGCGCCACCGGCCCACGGACGGGCCACGCCUCUACCGGCCCGCGGUGCUGCUCGACGGCGCGGUCUACGACCUGAGCAUCCGGGACGGCGACGGCGCUCCCCCGAGUCAGAACCCCGGGGGUCCAGAGUUGCCCAAGAUCAGGCCAGGGGAUUUUGAAACACACGAGUGGCCGGACCCCAAGGACUGGAGCUUGCAGGACACGGACGCCUUCGUGCUGGUCUACGACAUCUGCAGCCCGGACAGUUUCGACUACGUGAAGGCGCUGCGGCAGCGCAUCUCAGAGACCAGGCCGGCGGGCGCACCCGAGGCGCCCAUCCUCGUAGUAGGCAACAAGCGGGACCGGCAGCGGCUGCGUUUCGGGCCCCGGCGCGCGCUGGCCGCCCUGGUGCGCAGGGGCUGGCGCUGCGGCUACCUCGAGUGUUCCGCCAAGUACAACUGGCACGUGCUCCGUCUCUUCCGCGAACUGCUGCGUUGCGCUUUGGUACGCGCGCGUCCCGCGCACCCGGCCUUGCGCCUGCAGGGGGCGCUGCACCCGGCGCGCUGCAGCCUCAUGUGACCGAAUUGGACGACAACGCCGAUGGUGGGGGGAGGGUCCCAGUUUGAUGAACAACCGGGUACCUGGAUUGGACGCAGUUGUCCAACUUCUCUCGGAUUGGACUAGGCAAAGUCUCCUCCUUGACUGGAUUUGGAAACCUCCCACCCAGUCUUCUGGGCGACAGGACUCUUUGUGCCUCAUUGGACCCAACCAGGCCCCAAGCUACAUUGGGCAAGAUAAGUCCUUUCUGGGACCUCAUUGGGUUACAAUCCCACUGGAUGAAAGGGACUUGCUAUGAACCUGAUUGGAAGUUCUCAGGUAGCUUCUGGGGUUUCAGUGGACAAUCUUAAAUCACACCUCUCAGGAGGUAAUAAAGGGGGAACCAAUGCAAGCA